AUGGCUCGUAAGUUGGGUAAGACGUAUGAUGUUCGAGCUGGAUUUUGGGGUGUGACUGGAAAACCUUGCCUUGGCAUUAUUCCCCCUUUCAUUGAAGAAUUUAAUCAUCGCAUGCCAGAAAAUUGCGGUGCUGGAAACACAAGAGUCUUUGUUAAUGGGAGAGAGCUGCAUCAGAAAGAUCUUGACCUACUUUCUACUAGAGGACUACCAAUCACGAGAGAGAAGUUCUACAUCGUUGAAAUUUCAGGGAGAGUUUUUGACGAGGACACUGGCGAAGAGCUAGAUAGCCUUGGGAGACUGGCCCCAACAGUGGAGAAGGCUAACCGUGGCUUUGGCAUGAAGGUGUCUUGUCCUGACAAUGAAUGCAAUGCCAAAUUCAUCCUAAUGUUUACACGCGACAACAUGGUAUUCUUGAAAUCUUCUUGGACAUCCUAG